AUGUCCAUGCCACACUCAAGAUGGACAUUAACGCAACAUAUUCAUGGACGGACUCUCAAGUGACUCUCAUGUGGAUCAAAACACACUCACCUUGGCGCACAUCAGGCAAUCAUGUUGGAAAUUGCGGUGUGAGGUGUGUGCUCGACAAAGGGGGAUUCGUGCACAUCAACUUAUGGGCCAACUACCUCUGCCUCGGGCCACACCCUCACGUGCAUUUCCACACUGGCAUUGAUUAUGCUGGUACCAUUGCCCAUUGCUCACCAAGACCAAGCUCAACAAGACCAAGCUCAACAAGACCAAGCUCAACAACCAUAGGAGUGGACUCAUCAUCAACCUCAUUGCUGAUGGCGGGCGGAAAUGUUUGA